CACUUUCUUUCUUCACCACGUCCUUAUAAAUUACUUAGCAUCUCCAAAGCCACGUCUACUCCAAACGCACUUCCCAAAAGCCCGUUUUAGAGAAUGGCUUCCGGCGAAUACAGAUUUCCCCCUCAGAAGCAAUACACACAACCUGGCAAAGAGUAUCUGAUGAAUCCACCACCGCAAUAUAGCAGUCCAGAUUACAAACCAUCGAAUAAACUUCAAGGGAAGGUGGCUGUAGUAACAGGAGGUGACUCUGGGAUUGGAAGAGCGGUGUGUAACCUGUUUUCGUUGGAGGGUGCUACUGUUAUCUUCACCUACGUGAAGGGACAGGAAGACAUAGAUGCGAGAGACACACUUGAAAUUAUCAGAAAGGGUAAGAGUGGUGAUGCGAAAGAACCAAUGGCUAUAGCAGUUGAUUUGGGUUAUGAAGAGAAUUGCAAGAGAGUGGUUGAUGAAGUCAUUAAUGCUUAUGGCUGCAUUGAUGUUUUGGUGAACAACGCAGCGGUGCAGUUCCAGAGUGAUUCCUUGGAAGAGAUUGAUGAUAAAAGAUUGGACAAAGUCUUCCGAACUAAUAUCUUUUCCUACUUCUUCAUGACUAAAUAUGCUGUGAGGCACAUGAAAGAAGGAAGUAGCAUUAUCAACACGACAUCGGUGGUUGCAUAUCAAGGGUUCGCAACACUGGUGGACUAUGCAUCGACGAAGGGUGCGAUUGUAGGGUUCACGAGAGCCCUUGCGCUUCAGCUUGUGAGCAAGGGAAUUCGUGUGAAUGGUGUUGCUCCUGGACCUAUUUGGACUCCGUUACAGGUAGCAAGUUUUACGGUGGAACAAAUCGUGGUGUUCGGUUCUGAUGUCACACCGAUGAAAAGAGCUGGACAACCUAUUGAGGUUGCUCCUUCUUAUGUCUUUCUUGCCAGCAACCAGUGUUCCUCUUACAUAACAGGCCAAGUCCUCCACCCAAAUGGUGGAACCAUUGUGAAUACCUGAUUGUUGGAUUGAAGGAUAAAGAUACUUGCUAGUCAGUUUAUACUGGUUUAUGUGAUGUGUGUAUCUGUGGUUUGUUUGUUUUUUUUUUUUUUCUAUUCAUAAAUUAUGUUACGAAUAUGUAAUGUAACAUUGUAUUAAUGUGUAUGAAUAAAUAUUUAUUGAGGAAAAUUCUGGUUGAAAAGCAAACCGGUA